AUGGGCUCAUCAGGAGUAUUUGCAAAGACAAUUCUCAUUCCAGCUGCGAUCGCACUCUCCCUCUACAUCCUCGCAUCAUGUGUCAUAAUCCCCUUCUUCCGCCGCUACCACCAGCGCUACUCCCAAUACCUGCCAUUACACAGUAUCUCCGCGCACACGCUCUCCCUGCGCGAUCGCAUAGCUGAUACAGUGAUGGAUCUGGUUCUGCGGUCGACAUGGCGACGCGGUGCAGAUAUGCCUGACAAUGACAAUAUCAGCAUUGACGAGCAGGAGGGGGAGGCGUUAGUCGGUAUGGAUAUGGAUUCUGUUCGACGGGGCGCGUUGGAGCGGAGACAGGAUGUGGGAGCGGAGCGACUGGGUAGGGAGCUGGAGGAGGGGUUUAUGGAUGAUAGUGAUAGUGAAGGACAUUCUUGA